UCUAGCUUUGAGUUUAUUAGUUGUGCUUCCUUAUUACUCAUACGUACUCGAUUCUACUGAUUCAGUCUUUCCCCUACCUGUUAAUCAAAACCACUCGAGCAAAAAAUUUAAUGGCAGGGUUCAACAGCCAAAGAUGGUCUCUAAACGGUAUGACUGCCCUUGUUACGGGUGGAACUAAAGGCAUUGGAUAUGCCAUUGUGGAAGAGCUAGCUGGACUUGGGGCCGCUGUGCAUACCUGUGCUCGCAGCCAAGAACAGAUCGACGAGAGGGUUAAAGAAUGGAAGAGCAAGGGAUUUAAAGUGAGUGGUUCAGUUUGUGACCUCACGUCCAAAUCUCAAAGGGAGGAGCUCGUUAAAACUGUCUCGUUUGUCUUUGAUGGAAAACUCAACAUCCUUGUAAAUAAUGCUGCUUCAGUUACGCUGAGAAGAACCCAAGAUUAUACUUUGGAAGAUUUAUCAAGUAUGAUGGGUUCCAAUGUUGAAUCUUCUUACCAUCUGUGUCAGCUUUCAUAUCCUCUCUUGAAGGCCUCAGAAAAUGCAAGUAUUGUAUUUAUCGCCUCCAUUGCUGGUGCCAUUGCUCUACCUAGACUAUCUGCCUAUGCAGCAACAAAGAGUGCUGUUAUCCAAGUUUCAAAGAACUUGGCAUGCGAGUGGGCAAGAGACAAAAUUCGGACAAACACUGUAGCACCUUGGGCAGUGAACACCGGUGCUAAAGUUGAAAAUGAUGAUCAUUCUGAGGAUUUCAGAAGGUUAAUAGGUCGAACUCCAAUUCGUCGUGUUGCUGAGCCUAAUGAAAUUUCAUCUUUGGUCUCUUUCCUCUGCCUUCCUGCGGCUUCUUACAUCAAUGGACAAGUUGUUAAUGUUGAUGGAGGAUUCACAGUGAGCGGUUUCUAACGAACUUGAUCAAUUUAUUUGAAACGACGGAUCGGAUACGUACGUGAAGAAGAUAUCUGCUAAUUGCCAUCAGUAUAUAUUCUUUAUUAAUUCGUUGUAUACGGAUAAUUAGGUCCUCCAAUUAAUUAAUUCAGAUUUAAUUAAUGUUUACUAAACA